AUGGGAGAAGUACGGAGGAUCGUGGUGGUUGUAGAGGAUAAAGAAGCGGCGAGGACAGCGUUGCAAUGGGCACUUCACAACCUCUUCCGUCACGGUGACGUCAUAGUCCUUCUCCACGUAUUCUCUCCUCCGCCGCGCAAGAAAAAAUCUACGGCGGCGCGUCUCCUCCGCCUCCGCGGAUAUCAUCUCGCACUCUCUUUCCGUGAAAUAUGCGACACCUUCUUCAACACGAAUACAGAGAUCAUUGUGAGAGAAGGAGACGAAGAUGGAAGAACGAUCGCUGAAGUCGUGAAAGAGACCCGUGCGUCAACGCUCCUCGUCGGUCUCCAUCAGCACAGCUUUCUUUACAGAUGGGCGCUGAGUGGAAUUGAUGUAGCGAGAAAUUUUGACUGCAAAGUGAUGGCUAUAAAACAGCCUUCACCGGAACAGUCUCCGCCGGGUAAAGUUAAAGGACACAAGACUUCACCGGCGACGGCGACAUCAGAUAGCUUAACUAAUUUUGACUUUUCCCAAAUCGAAAUAUCUGGAUUACAGGUUCCUGAGAUUCCGACACCUAAAGAGCCGUACAGAUUGUGUCCGAGUCCUCAUGCGAUACUCUGGAGAACGAAACCUCGGAGAUCAAAAGACCGAUACGGUGUCGCUUCAUAG